UUCCAAAUGUAUACAACCAAGCUGUAGAAAAACGAUAGUGUAGACAAAAUCGAGUCGAAGCGAUGAAUUAACACUGACAGUCGAAUACAAAUUCACAAGACUACAGGGUUCAAAGAAAACCAUCAUCCGACGUCGUUAUUUUUUAUUUUUUUUAUAAAAAACAAAGAAAGAAGCAUAUCUACCUAGCCAACCACUUUUUCAAAAAAGAUUCCAUCCACAAAAUCAGACAUCCGUGCAGUUUCAGGGCGUAAUCCGCUUUCAGCACAUUACAAUAACGAUGAUUCUAAUUUCUACGGAAUUCCACUAGCUAAGUUCCCAAAGUCUUGGUGGAUGCGUCUUACCAUAAUCUGCGUAAGCGAUGGACAAGCAACUAAAACCAUUCAAGCAAUACCUACUUCAACGGCAGCCAUAAAUCAAACAAAUUCAUUGUUUUUCUAAACUCGAAUCGAAACCUUUCUACGUUAAAAACAUUACCGUACAAAGAAAACAGAAAUUUCGUUUUCCUAUCUUAAGUUGCAGUAAGAAGGUGAUGAAAGGGUACCAUCAUCAUCUACUUUUCUUCCAAGUGCAAGAAAAAAUUUCGCAAUUCCAUGCGCAUAUGUUUUCAUGAAUUUCUGUAUAUUUUUAAAUUUCUAUGAGACGAAUUGCGAAUCGCUGCUUGCUUUCCACAUAUCUUUUCAAGAAUUCAUUGACGACGAAUUCGAGCACAUUGGAUGCUACAAGAAAUUCUUUCCCUAGAAAAGAUUUUUUUAUUUCAUACUUUCUUUUGGAAUUUUGAUUCAGUCUUCUAUCUUCGUUUCCACUUUCACUUUACAAAAUGACUUCUCUCAAGGAGUCGAACAAAGACAAGGCGUCCAUCCAGAACGCUGAGAUAGAGACUGAGAUUGAGACAGAAACUGUUCCUCUUCAAACCACUACAAGUGUUUCAUCAAACGAUGACUUAUUUGAUUCCAAAGACUUUGAUCAAGUCUACCUAGCCAAAUCUCGUAUCUUGAGUCAAGCCAUUGACGAACUUGGCUUUGGUAAAUAUCAGUGGGCAUUGCUCUUCAUCGCUGGAUUUGGAUGGAUGUCUGAUAACAGUUGGCCAGUCGUUACAUCUUUAAUUCUGUCUCGGCUCAACGAGGUAAACGGCGUUCAUCCACCUACCCCAAAGGAUGCACCAUUCUUGACCUUGGCCCAAAAUUUGGGGUUCUUAGCCGGUGCUUCUUUUUGGUCUAUAUCCUCUGACAUUUUUGGUAGAUUAUGGGCCUUCAAUUACACCUUCCUCAUCACUGGCGUCUUCUCUCUUGUUGCCGGGGCAUCUCCAAAUUUUGCUGCUAUUGGAAUAUUUAAUUCACUCUGGAGUUUUGGUGUCGGUGGUAACUUGCCUGUUGAUUCGGCAAUUUUCAUCGAGGCAAUUCCAAGCUCUUAUCAAUGGCUCUUGACCGUCAUGAGCGCUUGGUGGGCACUAGGACAAGUUUUGGUAAAUCUGAUUGCCUGGGGUCUGGUUGCUAAUUAUUCGUGCUCGGAUGACAAAGAACCGUGUUAUAAAGAAAAUAAUAAAGGCUGGAGAUACUUAUUGUUUACCAUGGGUGGAUUGACUUUAUUCAUGUUUCUUAUUAGGUUUUUAUUUCCGCUUGUGGAAUCUCCCGGUUAUCUUUUAGCCAAAGGUAGAGAACAAGAAGCUGUCCAAGCAGUUCAUAAGAUUGCUAAAUACAAUAAAAAAGAAUCUUCUCUAUCUCUUCAGGAUUUCCAAAAAGUCCAACCCUCUCUUUCUAACACUUUGGAAUCUCAAACAGAAAACGACGUAUUGCAUACCAUAAAUAAUUCCCCGAAAAAGGAAGCAUUAAAAAGAGUAAUAAAUUUUCAGACUAUUCGUGAAUGCUUCCGAUCAAAAAGGCUAAUACUAUCUUCUACAUUGGUGAUAUCUUCUUGGGCCCUCAUAGGCCUGGCAUUUCCUUUAUACAAUGCUUUCCUGCCUUACUAUCUUGAAUCCAGAGGAAACGCUAACAAGCCUUUAAGUGUUUACGAAACAUAUAGAAACUCCCUCAUCGUUUCUACUUUGGGCGUCCCCGGCUCCUUACUGGCUGGUAUACUAGUUGAACUUCGAAUAGGCCGUAAAGGAACUCUUACUCUUUCUCUUCUUCUUACAGGUGUUUUUCUAUUUGCUUCUACAACGGCGAAAACGAGUAACGCCUAUCUCGGGUGGAAUUGUGCUUUCACUUUUGUUUCAGAUAUUAUGUACGGCGUGCUAUAUGCCUACACGCCAGAAGUUUUUCCCUCCAAAGUUCGUGGUACUGCAAUUGGAUUAGCUUCCUCCGCAAAUCGAGUCUUGGGGGUGUUCGCUCCCAUCAUUGCUAUGUAUGCGAAUCUGACGACUUCUGCUCCAAUUUUCGUAAGUGGAGCAUUGUUUCUUUUUGCCGGUCUUUUGACGAUUUUUUUCCCUUACGAACCAAGAGGAAAAUCAAGCUUUUGAUAUUUUCCUCACAUGUCACGAUUUACCAACAGUCAUCCUCAUAUAUCUAUGCACCAUCAUUUUUAUAGGUUAAUGAAUGUAGUAUAAAAUCAAUUAAAUUAAUGUAUAUAUAUUAUUAAUUCUUUCAAAUUAGAAUAUUAGUUAUAUAUAUAAAACAAAUUCUGUUUAUCAUUUAAUGCAAAAAUAAUUAAUUACAUCGAAUCCCGG